GCAUACCAAAGAGGAGUUUUCUGGAACCAUUCCUAUUCCUGGAACCAGAUGAGGGGGGAAAAGAACCUCUGGGGAGCACAUGUAGAAUAAUCAUCAACCAGCCAGCCUCUGGAGAGACUGGAGAGCUAACGGAGAAGACAGUGCAGGGACAGGUUGAAAAUUAACUCCUGGGUUGGCUCCACCUCUUAACCAGCAAAGGGUGCUCUCAGAAUUAUUUAUAAAGAAGCCUGGUGACCCCUCGGUGGAGCUGUGUAGCCGUAUGAUUUUUUAUUCUGUGUCAUGUUGGGUUGUUAGGCUGUGGGAGGCUCUGCCGAGGGAGCAGGGAAGGUUUGGAGUGGCCGGUGGCAGCGAUGAAUGGGCUGAAGGUGACAGCCCUGGGGAGUCUCUCCAAGCAGCUGAGAAGUCUCCGGGCUGUGCCAGCACGGCCAUGCAGCCUGGCUGCCUGCUCCAGGAAAAACACCAGGAAUGCCUCCUUGCAUCCGCUGUGGCAGAGCCCGCUGACAAUUCCCGGAGGCACCCGCCAGUCUCCCAUCAACAUCCAGUGGAGGGACAGUGUUUAUGAUCCCUUCCUGAAGCCUCUGAAAAUCAGCUAUGACCCCACCACCUGUCUUCACAUCUGGAACAAUGGCUACUCCUUCCUGGUGGAGUUUGAUGAUUCUACUGAUAGAUCAAUCAUUGUUGGAGGCCCCUUGGAAAACCAGUACAGGCUAAAGCAGUUCCACUUCCACUGGGGAGCUAUCAACGACUGGGGCUCAGAGCACACAGUUGACAGUAAAUUUUACCCAGCAGAGCUCCAUUUGGUGCACUGGAAUGCUGUGGAGUACCCGAAUUUUGAGGAAGCUGUGAUGGAAGGGAAUGGCCUGGCUGUUAUUGGAGUGUUCUUAAAGCUGGGAGCACGGCACGAAGGGCUGCAGACCCUGGUGGAUGCCCUGCCAGCAGUCAGACACAAGGACACUGUGAUCGAGUUUGAUGUGUUUGAUCCCUCCUGUCUGAUCCCUUCCUGCCCCGAUUACUGGACCUACGCCGGCUCCCUGACCACUCCUCCCCUCACUGAAUCAGUCACGUGGAUCAUUAAGAAGAAGCCAAUCGAGGUGGAUGAGGAUCAGCUGGAGGCCUUUCGGACGCUGCUGUUCACGUCGGACGGGGAGGAGGAGAGGAGGAUGGUGGACAACUUCCGCCCGCUGCAGCCGCUGAUGAACCGCACGGUGCGCUCGUCCUUCCACCCCCAGCUCCGGCCCCACGCCCAGCAGCUCAGCCCAUAGCUGGCCCAGCAUUUCUCAUGAUUAUUCCUUGUAUCCAUGCCCAUUUCACUGUCAGUGCUCCCUGGCCUUCCCUAGAGACACUGUCAGGGCUUUUAGUUUUGCUUUUUUUUUAAAGAAGUGAGUAAUGUUAACCCUUAGCAAAUUGGCUUGUUCCGAGGCAGGGGUCAACAAGGAAUUAUUAAGGCAGUUAAAAAUAAGGACAGGAGAGUUCGUCCCCUGCUCCUUCUCUGAAUUGUUCUGUGUUUCUUCAAGUGCUCUUGUAGUGCCUUGCAUGAAUUAAUAAUUCUGGGUAAAAAUUGUUGAGGAGGAAGUGGGAAGGAAAAGAAAAAUAUCAGUUCUGGUCAGGUCCUUUUGGGGAAUUGUUUGCUGUCUGGGAAGAGAGCUGGAAGGGAACUAGCUUGUCUCAGACACAUUUUACCUUCCUUUUUCCUUGGAUGAGGAGAAGGACAGAAAUUACUUCCAGGAUCUCUUUCCAUUUUGCUGGCUGCACAUUCUGUAUUUGAUGUGGGUGCCACAAAAUGCCCACUGCCACUACACCAGGAGCCAAAAUACUUCAGUAAAACCUUUUAACAACUGUGGAAGCUUUUGGCUUCGGCAGCUUUUGCUUUCCUGUGUUAAUCUAUCAAGAGAAGGGAGAAGAGAAUUCACCGGUGUCACAAGACUGGCAAGAGCAGCAAAUUAGGUGAAAAUGUCCAAUUGAUCCCAGGAAACUGAUCACAUCAAAAGGGAAAUCAAGAUUAGAUAAAGCCCAGUUGACCCUCCCAGUGGGAUUAGAGGGGGGAAAAAAACCCCAAACCAAUUCCUCAAACCUGUACUAGGAGGGUGUACACUAAAACUGUAACACAGACAUCUUAAUGUUGCCUUUUAUUUAAAAACAGAGCUGCCUCAGCAGCACUGGGCUGUAGGUGCAUCAAUCUCCUUAUCAUUUAUGAAUGGAUCUUUUUAAAAUAUUUUUGUAAUUUUGCAAAAAUUUGUAAAAGCAAGUUUGUAAUUGCUCAGUUUUAAAAUUGCUUUUGCAAUUUCCACUGAAUUUCUGAAUUUCUCUGAUGCACUGAGAAGAAUCACCAGUUGAUCCAGCUUUCCCAACAAACCUCAAAUCCAGAUUAUUUUAGGGAACUGCCAGGGUAUAACUGUUUAACUUCAGCUGUUCUGGAACUCUGUAGCAGCCUCACACCCACUGAGUUCUCCAUGGCUUGCUCCACUCAAUCAGAUUUUCCUCCUGGAUGUGUAAAUCCCUCUUGAACCACCCUGCAUCCAUCAGAGGGAAUGUGGGAUAUUCCCUUCCCAGUGAUCCAGUUAAAAUUCUCAGAGAGAUUUAUUUCAAGUUCUCACAGAGAUUUACUUUGUUCAAGUAUUGCCAUGGAAGCUUUGUUAGACAAUAGUGAAUUACCCAGUUAAGUUAUGUCCAUAUUUACAUCAAAUCACACCUAUUUUUACUGACAUAAAAUGAAGAAAUUCCAAUUUCAGCACUGAUCCUUUCAAAUAUCUGGAAACAGGGUUAAUGUAGAUAAAAAAUAACUCUACUGUGCUACAAAAAGAUGUUUUACAGGGGUUUUGUUACACUUUUUUUGCUGUUUCUUGAGUCCUGCAUUUAUGUGUAGUUUUUUAGCAUCUCCUGAAGGCAGGCAGGAGCUCAGCUGCAGGGCAGAUUGUUGGAUUUAAUCUGGAAAUGGACACAUUGGGGUGUUUUGUUUUGUUUCUUUUGUUUCAGUUUUAUCUCUUCUGUUACAUUGACUUUAUUGACCUUGUGAAUGUAAACUUCAGGAAAAUAUUUGUGUUUAGAACACGAGAUGGGAUAGAAUUCCUUUGCCUUAUUCUCUCAGUUCUGUGUGGAAAAAUGGUUUGAUUGUUGCGUUAGAGGUGAUUUUUGUGAUGAUUUUGCACAAUUAAGUUAAAAAGGAAUUUUUUGGGCUCUUUUGGAUGGCACAAUACAAAAGGGUCAAAGCACAUAUUUGUAUUUUCCUUGCAUAGGAGUCACUUUAUUACUAAAUCCUGCCCUGGGAGGCAUUCCUGGGUCAGCAAGGCCCAGGAAUUAAAGACUGUCACAGGAAUAAUUUGGGGACAACUCCCUGCAAAGGGAGGAGAAGGUUUGGAGCAGACCUGUGACUGUGCUGCUCUGAUUCCAGCUGCCUUUCAGGAUUUCUCUGAAAUGCUGCUCUCACCUUGUCCUGGGUGACUUCACAGUGGGACAAACUUCCUCUGCUGUUGGAAUGUUUGAUCCCUGCUCCUGCAUUUCAGAACUUUAACUCUUCAGGUGUUCCUCACCACUUUUCUGCUGCCUUUUCUAUCAGGAAUGGCAGGAGGGUCUCCCCUGGUUUUGGGAGCUCCAGAAUUGGAGUUUGCUUUGAUCUCCACAGGGUUUUAGAGGACUGGAGUUCUGCUUUGGAUGAAGGGUCCCCUCAUUCCUUAAUUUGUGAUUUUUUAACUUGUAUUUCCUGGCACAUCUUGGCUUUUUCUUCCUUUGUGCAUCUCGUUUUUGUGGCCUUUAUAAUGUUGUGUAUUUAAUGUGUGUUACCUGCCUGCCCAUAACUGACUGAAAUCACUGUCUGCAGCCAACACCUGAAACAGGGAAUGUUUUAUGUUUUCCUGUGGUACAGGCCCUUCCCCAAAGCUUUUCCCUGAUGUAUAGAACCCUUCAGCUGCUGCAUUUUACACUGUUACAUUAGUGUACAACUAUAAUAAAGGACCAGAGAAACCUA